CGCCCCGCAGGGCCCGGCGGCUCCGCGGCGCGGCAGCGGGCAGAGCGCGUCCUGCUGUCACACAGAGCGCGAUGGCAGCUCUGCGCGCCCCGUCGCCGUGUCCUGCCGCGCACUCGGGAAGACAGCACUAACUCAUGCGCCAAGCAACAAGCUGCCAGUGCCGGGAUCGACCUGCUCUUCUUUUUCUCUUCUAUUGGACUUCCAACGCUGGUUUUUAUUUCAUUUAGGGACAAGCUGGGUGUGAUCGUCACGAACAAAGUGUGUUUCUGAUGGCUGCUAAAUCAGUCUUUACUGCUACCAAGAGAUCCUAAGAAAUAAGAGAGGGAAAGGUCUGCUUGCAUAGUCUUUGUAAAAAGGGAAAGAGCAGCGUUGUGGGGUUUUUUUUUUUUUUGUUUUUUAAUUUUUUUCCUGUUCUGUUUGGAUUUCUUUUUGAACUUACAAAAAAUGGCAACAGCAGCAUAUGUGGAUCAUUUUGCAGCAGAGUGCCUUGUUUCUAUGUCCAGUCGUGCCGUUAUCCAUAGUCCCAAAGGGGAGCCUGAUCCCCAACCUGGUGCAGCAAUACCUCCUUCAUCAAAUGGAGAAGAUAAGCGGGAAGUCAGAGAAACGGGGAAAGACAAUGGAUCAACAUUACUGGUGGUAGCUAGCAUUUUAGCAGAUCUGAACCAGCAUGUCCCAAACUCACCCGCUCUGAGGAUGGAAGAAACUGAGACCUUGGAUAUCACAGAACAAAUACACAUUUCUAUGGUUCCUAAGGAGUUUGGGGAAGAAAGUGUGUCUUCGGCUGGUAAGCGUGGAGGAGGAAGAGCAGCCACACCUACUAGCCUGGCUGCAGUAACUGAGCCAAGCCCCAGACAAAAGAACAAACGCAUGAGAAGCUGGACUGACCCUGGAUCACCCCAGAAAAAGCACAAAUGCCACUAUGUGGGGUGUGAAAAAGUUUAUGGCAAAUCUUCCCAUCUUAAAGCUCAUCUAAGGACCCACACAGGUGAACGGCCUUUCGAAUGCAACUGGCAAGGGUGUAACAAGAAGUUUGCCCGUUCCGAUGAGCUGGCCCGCCACUACCGCACCCACACUGGAGAAAAGAAGUUCAGCUGUCCCCUCUGCGAGAAGCGCUUCAUGCGCAGUGACCACCUCACAAAGCACGCCCGCCGCCACGCCAACUUCCACCCAAGCAUGCUCAAGAGGCGAAGUGGAAGCAGCUCAAGAACAGGGUCUGUCAGUGACUACAGCCGCUCCGAUGCCUCAAGUCCGACAAUUAGCCCUGCCAGCUCCCCAUAGACCUACCUGCACUGGAUGUCAGCACUUUGUCUCUAAUACCUAAUGUGGAGUUUUGUUUGUGUUGCACACAUUUAAAAAACUCUGUUGCUUCCCCUCCUCGGCAACCCUCCCGCCUUUGGUUUUAAUAGCUGCCUAUUAAAUUUCCAGUCAAAUUUUCUUUACCCAACCACACAAGUGGCUAUUCUAACCUCAUGGACAGACUUACAUGUUACACUUAAUGACUCCUGCUGUCUCAAUAUUUCAUGCAUUUUGCAGCCAUUUACGGAUCCUCUUGAUUAUUCUUUAUAAGAAAAUGAGAAAAUCUUUAAAAAAAAAAAAAAAAAAAAGAAAAAAAGGAAAAAACCCCACUUAAUUCACCUCAGGUGUCAAAGUAGUUUUUUAAGACCUGAUUGCACAACACGAGCAUACAUACACUUACAAAUCAACUGUGUUGGAUUGUGUCCCCCUUCUCCUUUCUCAGGGAUGGAUAUUUAUAUUACACAAUACUUCCAAUGAAGACACACCCUAACCGCAGCCUUACUUUGUAAAUAUAUUUGCACUCGGAAGCUUUUUGUUAGGUUCUUUCACACACUGGGGAAAAAUAAAAACCAAACAAACAAUACAAACCCCAAACCAGUUACUGGAAUGUAGUACCAGACUCUUCCAUUGCUUGUUUUCCUGAUUAUAUACAUUGGGGAGUGUCCAAACUGGAGUCCUGUCUUUCUUCAAGCUGCCCUAUGCUUUUGAUAGUGAGCCAUCUUUUCACUUCAUGCUGAAGAUGCUCCAAACCCAACUUCCUAUUGCAAAAAUCUCUGUGAGGUUGAUAAACUUGUUUGUUUGUUUCAUGCUAGAUAAAAAUCUGAGAAAAAAAGUCUAAAUUAGAUGCCUUAAGUAAGUAACCUAAAUCACAAGGAAGCAUUUUACACUGGGCAACAUAUGAUUGCAAGGUGGCAUGGAAUCUCGGAGGCAUUCUGUUGUCGCACUCUCCAAGUUGUAAGCUCUCUGCACUGCCUGUUCAGUAUGGGACCAACAGAAUAUUCAAAGCAGACAGAAAACAAACCACACUAACUUCUUUAUUGGUUUUUUGUGUUUUUUUAAUGAACUAUGGAAAUAGCAUAACUGAACCUGUGCCCGCCAAAACUUUCAUCAAGGUACUACUUACCUACUGUACAGCUGUAUCUUAGGAAGACAGAUUGGUUAAGACAUAGUUUCUGUGUCCUGCUGCAUCACAAUCAUAGUCACUGAUAAAAGGGUAUAAAUGCAGUUAAGUGUAGCAUGGUGAAAAGAAACUCUCUACACCACACCUGCCAUUUGAUAUCAAGUGAAUGCCUCCAGAUUCCAAAUGAACCUGUAUCUUACUUGCUGCUUUGCAUUGAUCCAAUUUUGCAAGAUUUUAUUGUACUGUAUAUUAACUGUGAGAUGCUAAUAUAGAUUUCCAAGUAGUUUCAUAGGUACUUCCAUAAUAUUUACAUUAUUCCUAAUACUACGCAUUCUAUUAGUUGUAUGGAUAAAUACUUAAAGACAGUUCAAAGUGCAGAUAUUUUAAUAUUUUUUUCAUGCUCAUUUGCUUCAGAUUUCACCUCUAUAAAACCACAAUUUUUCCUUUUGAAUUGGAGAUCCUGUAAGGUAUAAUUCUGUUUCAUUUCACAGAAAAUGAAAGCACAUCGUAAGGGUUUUUUUGUAAGACAACAAAUAUUGUUGAGUUUGUGUGAUGAGUUGCCUGACCACUGUGAGUUAGGGGAAGCCAGAUCUGCUUGUCUCCAUAGAUUUCCUCUUUUCUUGUUUUCCUUUUUAAAAUUAGUCAUCUACCAAGAUAAUACAAUUUUAACAACUUGAUACAAUUCAGGUAACAGGAAUUCACAUUCCAAUCAUUUCUGUGACUGCUAAAAGUGCUCUUGUGCUGUAGUUAGUAAAGAGGCAUUUAAGCUAUCUAGCUAAAGGAAUUCUACAGGUCAGCUGUGUCUUGUGCACAUACUUUGAAACAAGUCAUAAACAUAUUUAUCAUUAUCAUUAUACCUUAACAGAGGAAUGGGGGUAACACAACCAAAAUCAAAAGGAGAACUAAGUAUCAGCAAAAAUCAUAGGCCUCAUGUUCUAAAUUCAGUUUGUUGUAAAAUCAUCUUUUCCAACAAGAGCAUCAUUUAAUCUUUAGCAAAGGAGGAACCACUCCCGUCCAUUUACUGAGGGCAUAACAACUCGGCAUGAGUCAGUAGGUGCAUUACAAACGAGUUGUUUUAAUAGCCUGGAGAAAGAAUAUUUGCACCAGGUUUUAUUAGUACUGUGAUUAUGGGAUAUAAAGAUUAUGGACAACCUAUUUUGUGUGACAUAAGAGCUGUGUAAUCUUCAACUCAAACAGUAGACUAAGCAUUUUAUGUGUAGUCCUCAUAGAUACUACUAAUAAUUCUCCAAGUUUGAACCAAAAAAAAAGGGUUCAGAGUCAAAUUUCCAGUUCAGCCAGUUCGUCCAAUGAGAAGGCUGAGUCUGUGCAUAGCAGCAUCGUUACACUUUCAGGGAAUUCACUGAAAUUUGUCAGUUAAACUUUUAUUUACACCUUGGCUUUAAGUACCUCAGAGCGUGUUGGGCUGACAGUCACACUGCUGUGUUUUAAAAUCCUAGCUAGAGUUUCAAAUUAGAGUUUCAUUACAUGUUUGAUACAUGACAGCUUAAGGAUAAAAUUAUGAAUUCCAAACCACUAGUAGUUUCUAAGACUGAAUGUGAACAAAACUUCUCUUAAUAUUUCCAUACGGAAAGAGAGUGUUUGGGGUUUUCUAGCAUCUGCUAGAUGCUAGGAAAGAAGCAGAAGUACCAGCAAGGUGGUAAGACUUCAUUCUGUGAAGUUUGAACAGCUCAAAUGGUGUUUUGAAAUCUGGGUGCUUAUCUAAACCUCAGAUUUUUACCCUUUUGUUGUUUCACCCAGCACUGUAAGCUCAAACAGUCUCCUGGCAUAGCAACAAAACACUGCACACUCAGGAAAUGCUGCUCUGGCAAGGUGCAGAUUUCUUCCCACUCCUCUCCAUUUGGAGGAGUGUGCAUGUCUCCUCCUGCUUCCUUUCCCUAUGUAAUCUGUUAAGGUGAAUCCCCACAAACUACAAAAUCGCCCUAAUUUUAUUUUCCUUUUAAUUUCAGAAUAUAAAGCCAAGUUCAUUGUUAUUAAGAAAGCCCUGAAAGUUUGUUUGUGUUACUCCAGCCAUAAUUCUAUCUUCCUCUCUAAAAGUUGAGCUUAUCUGCCUUGCUAUACAAAAUGGGUGCAAGUCAAAAUCAUCACUUCACUACCACAAUGCAAAUAAAACUAAAGACACUCUUAGAAACUCAUUCACCCCUUCCACUAACCUCAUCCUCUGCAAGGGCCUAAAGUGCAUUAAUGGCCACAUAAAUUCAGUUUUUAUCCUGAUUCUUAGAAAACAGUCCUGGUAAACUCCUGGCAGCUAGAUUUUAUUGUGAGAAUUGUUUAUAUCUACAAACUAGUUGUUCCUUGCUUUUAUAAUAUAUGCAUAUUAUCUGUUUACAUAACUGCAAAGGUAUGUAUUUAUAGCAAGUCAUCAGAAGUUUCUGGUGGUAACACCUAACUCAUAUACGUAUCCUACCCUUUUCACUGCACUAACCCUUGCAAUAACUUUUAGCUGUGAGAGCCUCUGUACACCUUUAAAACCUCAUUACCUUCUGUGUAGCUGUUCAGCGAUUUCCGUGGUUCAUGCAGCCAGGCAGUACGAGGCUGUGUAAGGAGCUUACCCAUUUCUAGCUAUUCACGGUCACAACUGCUUUUCUCCAGCAGAAUCUGUACUGUGUGAAGUGCAUUUUUGUUUUGGGGAAGAUGGUCUGUGAAGAAAGAGUAAGGAAAAGGAACUCUGCAUACUUUAAGCUUACCUUUUCAUUGCCAUUUAAUUUACUAAUUUCAUAAGGUGAUGCCAACAGACCGACUUUCAGGUGCUCUUUUACUCCAUCACACCAUACAUUCGUGCAUUAGGUGCUAACAUAUAGUCUAUGUCAGUGAAUGGUAUGAUGAACAUCUGUAUUUUUAACUCUUCUGGGAUAAAGCUAUAUCCUUAGGCAGAAGAAAAUAACAGAAUUAUUCUUGUUUACCCCAUAAGCCAGAAUAUAAAAUGCAAAAGCCUAUUCACUGGUAUAGGGUUUUUUACAUAUAAAUAUAAAUAUCUAUAUAUGUGGAUUUAUAGGCAUAUGCACAUAUAUAAAAAUAUGUAUAUAUGUGUAUAUUGCACAGUACGUGUGUGUAUACAUAAAUACACAGCAAUGUGUGUACACUACACGACAAAUAAUGAAGAGAUGUCUACAGAGCAAAAACAAGUAUCCAUUUCAUUAGAACUAGUGAUGGGGCUGAACCAAAAUCCUAGAUCCAAAUGCCAUUGCUUUUGGAAAGCGUGAACCUGUGUUUUGAGAUUUGUGGUUGAGUUCCAUCUCUGGUCACAGCUGCAGUUACAUGUGUAUAUAUGCAUUCUGGGGUCGUGUGUGCAUGCGUCUGCGUGCUUCUUCACAAGCACAUGCCUGUGUGGGUGACAGGAAUAUAUGUGCCAGUAAGUGUGCAUGGGUUUACAUAUAUACUUCCAGCUUUGGUGAACUAUGAUGUUGCCGUGUCAUCUUCACCUGUACAGUUUUAUCAGCAGCACAUGAAUGCUUCCUUGGGUCACUUUGCAACUCUUUAAAUCACUACAUUGAAGUAUUACAGUUGUACAGUUAUACGUUCAUCUAUUCUUGCUCUGCUGUAACUUUUUAUGUAUUUUGUACCGCAUAGAUUAUAUAUUGUGAUAAUGUCCUAUGCAACAACAAUAAAGAAGGGAAAGAAAAGGAAAAAGGGAAGAAAAUUAACAGCUGUAAAAUAUCGUCUUAACUUGUAUGCAUGGUUAGUGACGUUUACAUUUCCCAAAAUAAAACUUAUAGCUAUGAAAUAC